UCUGUCCACAUUGUACUCAAGAAAGUCCACCCAACCAUGCGCGGAAAGAAAAGCAGCUGUGGAAUGUAAGAAGUCGAGUCGCGGUCGCUACUCAAAGCCUGCUUUAUCUCCCGCCUCGGAGGAAUCCGCCUGGCCCAUAUCAUCUAACUGCCGAAGCACCCAUCCAAGAUGGAGGAGGACGCGCAUCCCCUCCGUGACAUUGCGAACCCGGGCGUAAAGGCCCAAGGCGAGCUGCUUAGAGAGCUGCGCGCCGAGGUGUCCAACCUGCUCGGGCGCAACUCGCACAGCUUUCCCGGAGCGCAGCCUGUCUCGUUUGCCAGGAGACAUCUGGAAGAGCUGCGAAGGGAGGACUACUACGUCUGCGAGAAAUCCGACGGUAUCCGCUACCUCCUCUACCUCACCACGGACGAGAACGGCCGCGAAACCCACUAUCUGGUCGACCGCAAGAACGACUACUGGUGGUUGCACCAGCGCAACCUGCACUUCCCGCUCGCGCACGACCGCGCCGCCUUUCACACGGGCACGCUCAUCGACGGCGAGCUGGUCAUGGACGCGCUGCCCAACGGCGACAAGGAGCCCAAGUUCCUCGUGUUCGACCUGCUCGCCCUCGACGGGAAGGCCGACCUGCUGGCCAAGCCGCUCGACAAGCGGCUGGGCUACUUCAAGGAGCACGUCAUGAAGCCGUACAAGAACCUGUUUGCCGCCUUUCCCGAGGAGCUGCCCUAUCAGGCCUUUAAGGUGGAAAUGAAGGAGAUGCAGUUCUCGUACGGCAUCGAGAUGAUGUUCCGCGAGGUGCUGCCGAGUUUGAAGCAUCAGAACGACGGGCUCAUCUUUACUUGUCGGACGAGCCCAUAUCAGUUCGGCACGGACCCCCACAUCCUCAAGUGGAAGGCGCCGCACGAGAACACGGUCGAUUUUCGGCUGAAGCUAAACUUCCCCCUCGUUGAGCCCAACGAGCUCGAGCGCGCCGACGGCGUGACGGAGCCGUUUAUCGACUACGAGAGCGUGCCCGAUGCUAAGUUGUUGGUCUUUACGGGCAGCGGUGGCGGGCGGCCCUUGUACGAGGAGUUCAAGGAGCCGCUGCACCUGACCGAGGACGAGUGGGAGACGCUCAAGAGCUGGGGGGACCCGCUGCAGGACCGCGUCAUCGAGUGCAGCCUGGACGAGGAGAAGCGGUGGCGGCUGUACCGAUUCCGGGACGACAAGACCGAAGCCAAUCAUAUCAGUACUGUGAGUAGUGUUCUAGAAAGUAUCAAGGAUGCGGUGGGUGAGGGCGAACUGAUGGCGGCGGCCAAGGGGAUCAAGGAUGGGUGGAAGAUGAGGCAGCAGCAGCAGCAGAGGGAGCAUUAACGGUUUUCGGGGGGGGGUUGAGGAGGUCGUUUCAGAGCAAUGCUUCAGGGCCUAGAUUUGGAGCCAUGGCGUUAUUGGUAACCACGUUAGGGUCUUGUUCGAGUAGUUGAACCUUCUUGGGAAUGGGGUUGGCUUUUGUUCAAAGGGUAAGGCUGGGUAUGGGAGGGUACAGUGUGUUAUCCACGUGGGCAUCAAGGAGUUGCUUGGGAGAAACUGACGCGUGAAUUGGUUCAGUCACAACACAGUUCACCAAAGGCCUUACAGCAGUAUGGAAACGAGUUUAUUGGGUCAGAAUUAGACUAUCCGACCGAUCAUCAAAGCCACCUGCAACCAUUCAGGUAGGCUAUCCCAUACUGAGUCCUUCUUUGCCCUUAUCGACCUUACCAUCCCCAAAGAC